GUUGGUUUCACAAAAAUGGAGAAAGUGGAUUAUAAACCGUUCGAAAACGUUUCUUUCAGCGUCACCGAGGUGCUGUCCUGCAUCCGGAAGCACCAGGAUGAGGUACGUGAUCUCGUGCGGGGCCAGUAUGUGGACUUUAUGCCCAGUGCCCACGACUACCAUUUGCUGCUGGAUAGCGCGAAGCUGUUGGAGGUAGAAAUCGGGGAACUGCGGACCACCAUGAACCAGCUGAGCGUUGACAAAUCCAGCGCCGCCCGGAAUGAUCUGUGCCAGUACCAGCGUGAUCUGGAGGAGGGCGUGCGAGGAUACAAAAUCGCCAAAAAGCUCCUUUCAAUCCACGAUCUGUUUGAAGCGCUUAGUCGGACGGAAAAUUCGUACGAGAAGCGGGCACACAUGCUCGCCAAGAUCAAGCAGCUGCUGAACGAUAUCGAGGAUCCGGUGCUACCCGAGCUGCACUGCUUCCAGAACAUGAUACUGCGCUACGAAAUCGAAUACAGUGGGUUGAUCAACGAUCUCAACACGCAGUUCAAGAAACUGGUGAUGUUACAGCAGCGCACCUUCCACAACACAAAAUCCGUCACGAUUAAGAUCUGCAAGGACGAAGUGCAGCUGUGCCAGGUGGUGGUGGCUCUGUUGAAAACCCAGCACAACUUUCGCUUCGUUUGCCGGUUCCUGCUGGAUGAAGUGUUUGCUCCCGUUAUCGUGAAGCCUGUCUCGUUGAUCUGCGACGAGAAGAGUGACGAUGAGCACGUCCAGAUACAGCUCUCCUACCAGUUGAAAGUCGCGGAAGAACUACGCCCCGGUUACAAGACGGUACUCUCCAACAUGAUUCAAAUUUUCUACAACCUAAGCAACAUGAACGCCGUGCUGUCGGAGGAUGAGUGUCUGUUUAAGGUGUUGGCCAGGCAGAUGAAGAAGGAGCUGUGUGAGAUGUUGAUCGAGCAAUGCCUCGAACGCGACAUUCCAGGGACUAUCGAAGGUAUGAAAGACUCACCGAUGGUAAAGGAUGUGACCGAUUUCAACGGAAUUCUUACAACAUUCAACUUUGUUGAUGGGGAAAACGACACCCGGCUUGAGGAGUAUGCCAACUCGAUUGAAUCCAUCCAUCACAAGAAGUUGUGUGACAACGUGCUGGAAUCGGCGCUGGAAAUCAUGAAACGGGAAAGCCAUGAUAUGGUCGUGAUCGAACAGCACGAGUACCAGUUCGCCAGUAGCACUAACACCGCGACCGGGCAGUCUUCGAACUGCAUGGUCACGCGCACCGCGGUCGAGAUGAAAAAGUUCCUCGAUAAGGUACUGACCGAGGUGCAGACGCAGCACGGCGAGGCGGCCGACCAGUUAGUCAAAACCAUUGCCACCAUUCUGGAGCGCUAUACGGUCGAUGUACCGAUGGCCAACGAGAAGCUGCUCUUCAAGAUUCCUCAACAAUCGGCUCUGUUUCGAAACGAUUGCUCCUACCUGAAUUACUGGCUCCAGAAGAACGAUGACAAGCUAAAGGAACACUGCUCUUUUGCAUGCAUUUCCGAGUCACUGAAAACGUGUGGAGAGGAAAUAUUUCAGCACCAGCUGAGCAGUCAACGUACCCAGAUGUUACAAGCGCUGAACGGAUUCGAACUGACGAAUAGUCUGGUUGAACUGGGAUCAGAGCACCAGCGUGCAAUCCGUCAAUGUAUCCGCCAGUUUGAGCUGCUAAAGAACGUCUGGCAAACGGUGCUACCGGAUAGCGUGUACAAGCAGAGCAUUUCCGGCUUAGUGGAUGUGUUUCUGCGCGAAGUCAUCAAGCGGGUGCAAAGCCUGGAAGACAUAACGACCGCCAUCGGGAAUGGUUUGGUGCUGCUGAUUGACAUCAUGAAGGAGACGCUACCGAAGCUGUUUAAGGAACCCAGCGAGGUGCAUCAGUUGGUAAAACAGUGGACCAAACUGAUGCAGUUGCGGCAGAUACUGUGCGGUUCGCUGGUAGAGAUCACCGAACUGUGGGCCGAAGGAAAGGGUCCGCUAACGAUGUGCUUCAGCGCGGAAGAAGUGAAGCACUUGGUCCGUGCCCUGUUCCAGAACACGAAGCAACGCCAGGCCUGCAUCGCCUCGAUCGCUUAGUGUAAAGCUUAGUAGAAACUUAAACUAUUAAGCAGAAAUAAUGAUAAGCAGAUAAUAAUGAAGCAAAACUGCGGCCUCUCUGGGACGAUCGUGGUUCAAAUAAUAUACUUGGCUCAAA